GUUUGUUUGUUUGUUUUGGACAUUAAUUUGAUGUUAAUCAUUUUUUUCAUAUGUGAUAAUCAACGAUAAAUUUCACCAUGACUUUAGUGCUAGAUCCACCCGAUAAUCUUGGUCAUCAUAGUUCGCCGGUAUGUCCUCAUGGGCCAACGUUGUUGUUCUACGAUAAACCAUCCAGCUAUUAUUAUUAUGCCUGUUCAGCAUCACGCGAUCAUCAAUUCUGUCCAUUUAAACUUUCCGCACAGAAAUGGAGACGUCUGGCCAGUUCGAAGAAUCUGAUCAAAAACCCCGAAAGAACCAAACCUGAUCAUCAAUAUCUGUUGGAUCAUCCUUCAAAAUGUGGUUAUUGUCUGGAUUGUUGUCGUGUGUUGCUCACCGAUGAUGAUCCAAAAGUAUUGGCCAAACAUUAUGCAUCGAAACAUAGCCGUUGUAAAAAUCGUAUUGAUGGCCAACAAUUUGAAGAGCUUGUCGCAAGACCAUGUUUGAAUUUGCUAACUCCUCAAACUCACAAUGAAAAUCUGGCACAGUAUUAUUUCUCAAAACAAACACUGAAUUUCAUUCGUGAUCAUCUAGUGCAAGCAUUUCAUUUUGAUAAAAUUCUAUGCAUUGGAUGUCCCACAGUCCAUGAGGAAUUAUUAAUCAAUGGCAAAGAUUCAUUUCUGUUGGAUUUAGAUGCCAGAUAUUAUCAGUUCUACAAAGCCAAUCGAUUUGCUCGUUUCAACAUGUUCAACGGACACUUUUUCGAUCAUGGUGAUGAUGAUGAAUAUGGUAAAAAAUCAUUCAAAGAAUUCGUUGAGACUGCUAGUCAUUCAAUUCUGGUAUUGAUUGAUCCGCCAUUCGGUGGACUCAUUGAAUGUCUAGCUCGAACCGUUCAUGAAAUUUGCAACAAAUGGAUGACCAAUUCCGAAAUCACUGUAUCGAUAGCCAUAUUCUUCCCCUAUUUCAACGAACAUUGGAUUCGAAAAGCUUUCGAAAAUGAUCAAGUUCGAAUUACCGAUUUCAUUGUUACAUAUGAAAAUCAUAGCAAAUUUAAACGAAAAUCGAUAUCGAUUUCUGCAUCACCGGUUCGUUUGUUCACCAAUCUAAAUCUAAAUGAUUUCACCGCAAUCGAUCCGGCUCAAUAUCGUUGGUGUGAACAAUGUAAACGUACGAUAUUUCGAAACAAUAAUCAUUGUAAUCAAUGUGGACAAUGUCCAGCAAGAGAUUCCACCAAACCAAUACAACAUUGUUCAAAGUGUGAACGAUGUGUGAAAAUUACCUCUUCACAUUGUGAUCGUUGUAAUACAUGUCAUUUACCCAAUAAACAUCAAUCAUUUUGAAUAAAAAGAAUAAAA